GUGGAGAGUAAUUAGCGGUCGUCGUCGGUGGGGCGGCAUCGUUGCCGACCUCCAAGUGUCGUUAACGAGCGGUUUAAAUGGUCGUUCUCUUACAAGAGAAUGGGAAAUCGAUGCUCGAUCGAUUUAUCUCGAUUGCCACUAGUUCCCCUGACUUUCUUCCGGCGUUUCAACCUCGUUGAAACGCGACGCGACACGACACGACGCGUCAUAGUUACGUGUCCAUUUCGAGACGUUUUCAUCGCCCGUUCCCGUUCACGAUUUACGUACAUGUACGAUAUAUCGGGCUCCUUCGUUUCCUCGUAUUCGUAAACACUCGGCACGCCAGUUGGUUUAGCUUACGAGACAUUGUACGAUUCGAUGAAACGCGUGCGAAAAUAAUCUUAUCUAUCUUUUCUGGGUCGUGAUUCCUCCGCGAGCCGGUAUUCCCUUCCAUCUGUUUCUUUUUCUCUCAACUCUUUCGAUAAUAUCGAUGUUAUGAAUUUUAUUCUAUUAUACAUACAUAUAGAAACAACGAAACGUUUCGCUCGUAAACGAUCAAAAAACGAUUAGAAACACGCGGUUUCUCUUAAUUAGCGCGAACGAUACGCGUGUUGGUAUAAUCUGGAAUUGAUUGAACGUCUGACUUUAGACGCACGGUCAUCAAACGACCGUUGUGUUUGCAACGAUAACCCCUGCUUCGAUAAAAUCGUCUCCCCGUGACGUUGCUGCGUUAUUAUCCGUUAAAGCUGUAAAAAGUAAAAUGAAAAAAAAAGGAAAAAAAAAGAGGUUGGACGUUAAAGGCAAGCUUUGGUAGUCGUGGUUCUCAGGAGGGGGGCUUUUGAUCGAGACUGUACUGGAUGAACUAUGGAAGGGUAUCUGGCGUAGAACUAAUUGUCCAGAAGUAUAGGAUGUUUGGCCGUUUAAGCGCGACGAUACUUUAAGCCGAGUCUUUUUACGGGAAAAAAUAAAGUGUACGCUUGGACCGGUUCUUUUCCCGUUGACGCGUUUUUCGCGGUUAGGCAAAGUGCAGUCGCAUGGACAAACGUACGGUCGAAGCGAAUCACGGCCAAUACUUUCCCAGGGCGGAAUGUCGGGUCUACGGGCAAGCACAAAAUGGCUGCCAGCAGGAACGAUCGACCGUGCGUGCGUGCGAGGAAGCGAGUCAGGAGAUGUUGUUUCUUCUCCUUUACCUCUCUCUCCUGUUCCUUCCUACGUAUACACGCGAAUACGCGUACACUACGUGCACACACGUACACGCUCUCUCUUUCUCCCUUUGCCUCCCUGCUCCCUUUACCCUGGUGCUCUCUUGUAUCUUUUCUCGCUUACACUCGUUCGCUUGUAUAUACGCGUUCCUUUACCUUUUCCCUUUAACCAUAUAAUAUCUUUUUUCGUUUAGGUUGCAGUAUCACCCCGUUUGCCCUCCACCUUCUCCAUUCUGCUCCUCUCUUCCUUUUUCUUCAGCUUCUUUUUUUUCGUGUUUCUCGCCGUCUUUUCGCUCGGAUUGUCUCUUUCUCGUAUGCGAACAGAGGAUCGGCGUUCGUGUGAGUCGAGUUAUAGCGUAGGCAGAAGCUUGUUUUUUCUUUUUUCUUGCAGUUUCACCGUCGAAAUCAUCGGAACGAUACCGUUUUUCGUGUCCAUCUUAUCCGACUCCCGAUUUGUAUUAUUGACACAUGACGUUCACGGUUUAACGAUGAGAAAUUUCUCGUUAUCUCUACAGGAAUUUGAUAAUCUUUCCGGUGAUCUGUGCCGUUAUCGGUGAUACCACGGAUAUCGUUACUCCCCCGAGAAUCCGCGACUUACGGCCUCGUAUUAUUUUUUUGCUAUUAUAAACAAUCGUAAACGGCGAACGUGUUUUUUACGCUUUUUAGUGGCAGGAGUAAAGUCGAAGUUGCGAGGCAAUAGCAGGCUAGUCGCGAAAGAGAGGUAGUGUGUCGGUGUAGCGUGGCAGUGAAACUCCGGUAGAAGCGUGUAGCCAGCGGUGCCAACACACGACCGCUUGUGGUUCUCGCAACGUUCCACGAUCACCGCAUCGAAAUUAUGCCAGGCAAGGGAAGUACCGUCGCCGUUUUAGCGCCAAGUUGGAAGGGGAAAUCCGGUUACGAGUUAACGCUUGGUAAAAGGACCAAAGGAAGAUUUGUCGAGACCGCCUAAAGAAAGGAUAUACCCGUGGAGCGAAUCGGUGUCGUUAGUGUUCUCGGGCAACAACGACGAGCGGAUACGACGCAAGUGAAACGAAAAGAAAGAAUAGGAUAGAAUAUAAAAUAAAAUAACAUAAAAUAAAAUAAAAGAACACAUCGCGAUACGAUGCGAGACGCAACGACGACGAGCGACGACUAAUUACGAUGUUGGCGCGAGUGUCAGGUAAAAGAUCGGCGCGAGUGUAAAUUGGUGAUAGUGUCGCGACGGUGAAAAGUGUCGUUCAGAGGACGGAGAAGGAAAAGGAAACGACGGAGGAGGAAGAAGAGGAGGAGGAAGAGGGAACGACGAUAAGGGAACACAGCGUGGCGAAAAGAAGAAGAAGGAGGAGGAAGAGGCGAAGGUGGGGGAGGAGAAGGAGCAGAGAAACGGAGAGAAGAAAAGGUGAAACGAGGAAAAGGGUACGCGAGAUCCUUACGCGAAGGGAAAAGGAAUUCACGGGGGUUGGUACGGUGAUUAUUUGGUAAAUAAGAAGGAGAGAGGAGAGGGUGAGAACGGGGCGCGAAAGGCUGUGUGAGCGAGAGAAUAGUUUGAAGAAACGUAAGAGCGAGAAAGGAGAAGCGAAGGGAAAGGAAAGGAAAAGGGGGAAUUUUCGUAAUAUUGGUAAAUAUCGGUGGAGAGCAGCCGCGAGACGAUAAAAGUGAUGUGUCCGAUGGACGUGGCGCGUGUUGCGGGUGGUGGUCGGGGUAAAACGGACGCGUGUCACGCGUGGUGUAAUUGCUUGAAAUCGGUGAGAACAGGCGGGCAGUCGGUGAUCAGGCUGGCGGGCGCCGGGGAAACGUUUCAAAGGGCAUGGCGACCACGCCACUAGGCGGUCGCCUCCCUAACGUAAACCGCAAAGGACCAUCUCCGUUCGUCGCUGCUAGCGGUGCUGGCAACAACAUCAACUACAGCAACGCUAACGGCACCACCGGAAGUAACAACAACAACAACGCCAACAAUUACAACAGCGGUGGCAACAUCGGCGGUGGUAGUAACGGUAAUCACGUUGGCAAGAGCAACAGCACGAAUAGCGAAAGUUGUACUACCAAUAAGAACAACAACAACAACAACAACAACAACAAUAAUAACCAUCAUACCAACAACAAUUACGUUAGCCAUCGCAACGGUGGUUACGAGAACGGUGGUAAUAACGAGAAAGUCUGUGGCAAUAACGGUAACGAUAUCGGCAGCAGUGCUAACAACAACAACAGCAGCACCAGCAACAGCAGCUGCGGCGGCAGACACAACGGCGGCGGACAAGUUGGUAGUAACGUUGGAGGCGGAGGAGGAGGAGGAGGAGGAGGAGGUGGUGGUAGCAGCAGCAGCAGCAGCAGCGGUCACGCGUCGAGAAGCAAGGAACGCGGACUAACGGGAAAGGAUCAUCGUGAUCAUCGUGAUCAUCGCGAUCACCGUGAUAAUCGUGAUAAUCGGCAUCAUCAUCAUCACCACCACCAUCAUCAUCAUCACCACCAUCAUCACCAUCACCAUCAUCAUCAAGGUCGCGAUAGGUCCUCGUCGUCGUCGUCGUCGUCGUCAUCGGGACAACAGCGCGAGUGUAAAGCAAGCACGGUGGCUGCAAACACCGAUGAGCUGGAUCCGGCCGCGACGAAUGCGACCAACAACUUUGAGUACGACGAUAACGAAUGGGACAUUGGAAUAGGAGAUUUGAUAAUCGAUCUUGAUGCGGACAUUGAGAAGACGAGGGACGAGAAAUUGAGCUCAGGGACAGGCAUGGCUUCAACGCCUGCCUCGGCAGCAUCGGCAACCAAUACCACGAAUCAUCAUCACCAUCACCAUCAUCAUCAUCAGCUGCAAAAUUCCGCAAACGGCUUAGGCUCCUCGAACUUGUCUUCUUCUGUGACCUCAGCUAGUCCAAACGGUUGCGGACAGUCAUCGAACUCAUCGUUGUCCUCGUCGUCGUCGGCGUGCGUAUCUUCGUCCGCGUUGUCCUGCUCCUCGUCGUCUUCGUCGUCGUCGUUGUUAUCCUCGUCGUCGCCAUCGUCGUUGGCGUCGUCCUCGUCGACGUCGUCCGUGUCGUCCGCGUCCUCUUCCUGCGGCCUCAACUCGUCCGGCCGAUCGAACAGCCCCGGCCACGGUCACGGCCACGCAAGCGGAAACGUAAACGUCGUAAGUAAUAGCGGCGGUAGCAACGGGUCCGGCAACCCGAACGGUUCCUCGUCAAUCGUCGUAACGGGUUCGGGCAACAAGCAACAAAGCAACAACGCGGUGGUGAGUGGUGUGAACGCCGCCGCACACACAGUAAAUACUGGUAAUCCCGGCAAAAUGGCCGUUGAACACUCGGCCACCGUCGACAAAGGCCUGAAAAUGAAGAUCAAACGAACGAAACCGGGCACGAAAAGCAGCGAGGCGAAACACGAGAUCGUGAAAUCGAACGAAAUCAACGGUACGAUGUCGUCGCAAGAGAGCGGAAACGGGGGCGGUUCGGUAUCGUUGACCGGUUCGUCGUCCAACUCGGGGCCCACGGCCGGCGGCUCGUCGGCCGCAUCGGCGCUUGGUCAGAACGCUCAGAACUCGGAAUGUAACGCGAGUGGAAGCGGUGCCGGUGGUGGUGGUGUCGGUGGAAGCGGUGGUGGUGGUGGUGGUAGUGGCGGUGGUGGAGGCGGCGGUGGAGGCGGUGGCGGCGGUACCGGUGGUUGCGGUAUCGGUGCCGGUGGAAACGGUGGCGUCGGUGGUCCCGGAACGGCCACCGGCGGUUCCGCUGGUGCCGGAGGUGUCGGUGGUGGCAGCGGUGCCGGUGGACAAUCGUCUUCCUCCUCGUCCUCGUCGUCCUCGUCGUCGAACAAAUCGAAACCGAGUCAUUCGACGGGUUCCGGCAGCGGGACCGGAGGCACCACUUCCUCGACCGCCGGUUCCAAGAGAGGCUCGAGCGGACAUCGUCGGGACAAGACGCGGGACAAACACGAGAAGCCGCAGAGCAACCACGCGAUCGCGCAACAGAGCAAGUCGGAGAUGAAUGGAAGCGCGAGGCCGAGUAGCGGAAGCGGUGGAGGCGGUGCUGCUGGAGGAGGCGGCGGUGGUGGCGCUGGUGGCGGUAGCGGGAGUGGCGGCACGGGUGGACAGAGUCAAACAUCGAGCGGUCCGGGUCCGGGACCGGGGCCUGGGCCAGGGCCAGGGAUCGGAAACGGGGCCGGGGCGGCCGCGCAAUCUCAGGGACCGCCGGCGGCCGCGACCGCCCCUCAACAAAGUCAGGGACCACCGCCGAGCUCGCGGACCGGCUUUUCCAUGUCUCAGGGGCCUGGUCCACCCACCAGUUCUGCCACGGCACCCUGUCCACCCCCGAGCCCGGCAAGCGCGACCGCCGCCGGUCCUGCUGCCAAACCUGAGCAAACCAAGCUUGCCUCGGUGCCCGGUACCGGAACUCCGAUCACCACGACGCCCGACGAUGCCAUGGAUACCGCGGCUAGUCCCCCGCCUCCCAAGAAGCUGAAGACUUCCGUAUCCGAACCAAAGGACAUGUCCGACGUAUGCGUCGGCACUAGCGUGGGGACCAUUACCGAACCGGAAUGUCUGGGACCCUGCGAGCCUGGAACGUCGGUGACUCUCGAAGGCAUCGUUUGGCACGAAACCGAAGGAGGUGUGCUGGUGGUGAAUGUGACGUGGCGAGGGAAGACAUACGUGGGUACGUUGCUGGAUUGCACUCGCCACGACUGGGCACCGCCAAGGUUCUGCGACUCGCCAACGAGCGAUCUAGACGCCCGGACGCCAAAGGGGCGCGGCAAACGCGGUCGGGCCGCGGCGAACGCGACACCCGGCAACGACCUGAGCAACUUUACGGAAACUAGGAGUUCGGUGCAUAGCAAAUUACGAAACGGUGGCGCGAAAGGACGUCGCGGUGCGCAAGGUUCACCGGCGGCAAGUCCUAGUCCAGCGGCGUUCGUACCCCCGCGACCGGAUCCAGCUGCGAAGCGGAAAUCUCGCGGUCCCGAAGAAGAGGAUAAGAACAAAAGGCGAGCACCGCCACCGACGCCUCCGAGUGGCUCACCGCCGGCGAGUCCGGUGCUGCUCGAAUGCCCGGAGCCGAACUGCAGCAAAAAGUACAAACACAUCAACGGUCUAAAGUACCACCAGAGUCACGCGCACGGCUCGGCGGACGACGACGACACGAAAGAAGGAAUCACCAGUAUGUCCGAGAACGACGAGAGCAACAUCGAGGCUCCGAGUCCGGCGACACCGGUGAAAUCGCCUGCCGACAAACCCGAGGGAACCCCACUCAGGCCGGCUAGUCCUCCGACCGGCAACAUGCCCCCAGAAACGCCACCUCCCCCGCCUCGAGUCGCAUCGCCGAGCAUAGAAUCGCCCGCGCCUGUGUUAACCUCGGACAAGAGCAUCGUGAAGCCAGGUGUACUCAGAUUCGGACAAGACGAUUUGCCCGCGCCUCCUCCCUCGAUACCGACGUCGACGAGGCAACCGUCGCUACAGCAGCAACAGCAACAGCAGCAAUCGUCGAAUCAAUCGUCGUUGACCGGUUCGAAUUCGCCACAAAGUCCGAGCCCUCGACCCAGUCAAUCUCCCAGGUCCGUACCCUCGCCCCAUCCGAGCGUCAAUAUUCCUGCUCCCUUGAAUAUCCCCCAACCGCCGCAACCGUCCCAAAUGUCGCAGCAUCCGCAACAAAAUCCCCUUCUGCAACCCAGUCCGCAACCGUUGCAGGCCGGUCAACCACCUACGCCGCAACAGCAACAACUUCAAGCGAGUCAGCAGUUGCAAUCGUCCGUACAACAACAACAACAGCAGCAGCAGCAGCAGCAGCAACAACAACAAUUACCUCCCGCGCAUCAGCUGUCAGUGCAACAUUCGUUGUCCGCGCCACUUGGUCAACCGACGCAAGCUCACGUGGUGCAACAGGCUGGAUUGCAGCAACAAUCGCAACCGACCGGUUUGCAGGGUAUCGCGGGUCAGCAUCCGGGACUUCAGGGUCUGGCUAACCAGGUAUCGCAGCAACAACAGGCUGCCACGCAACCGGGCCAUCCGGGUCAGGGUGUACAGUCGCAUUUGCAGCAGUAUCAAAGCGUGUCGUUGCACGCUAAAAUGCCGCAGUUUAAGGUCAAGCCGACCGCGGCUCUCAUGCCCGAACAGGACAAGAGCAAAGAUCCGAGGGCAUCGAAGCCUCAGGGAUACAAAAAGAAAUCGAGGAAAUCGCCCGGUGGCAGUCCGCAUCCUUCGCCGUUGGAAGCACCGAUCGUCGACGCCGCCAGGGAAGACGUCCAGAGUCCGGCGUACUCGGACAUUUCCGACGACGCGGCGCCCGUUCUCGAAGCGGAACCGGCCGACAAAUCGAAGCAGGGUCAGGAGAAGGACGGGAAAACAAGCACGACCACGCAUCUGCCCGCUCACUUCAGCAUGUACCCGUAUUACGGGCAACCGCCUUACCUGGUGCCGAGCGUUCCGGACAGCAAGCCGAUCGAUCAGAAGCCGAGCGAUUUAACGCCGAAACAGGAAAUGAAACCGCUCAACAUACCGCAAAUGUCGAGCAUGGCCAGUCUACAGGGUGUCGUUUCGGAAAAGGAGAAGAAGGAGCUGAGUCAGUCGGUGCCACAACCGCAACAGCAGUCGCACUAUUACGGUGGUUACGGUGGUUACAUGCCACCCGGAUAUCCCUAUCAGACUGCGCAGUCCGUAUCGCAACAGCAGCAGCAGCAGCAACAACAGCAGCAGCAGCAACAGCAGAUACAGGAGCAAGAGAUGCACGAACAGAAAGCAAAGAUCAAACAGGAGCCGCAAUCGCAGCAGCCUAGUUUGAAGGACAAGCAGCACGAAAAUCAUCAGAUACUGAAAGAGAGCAUCGAGAUGAAGAGUCAGAUGAGCCCGUACCAUGUGUAUCACGGGGGACAGAGUCAAAGGAGCGCGCCACCGCCACCGCCACCCGGCCCGAUGCAGGACGACCGAAGGUAUUACCUGUACCCGAGCGAUCAGAGGCGGAAGGAAGAAUCGAGCAAACAGAGCCAACAAGCGAAGGCACCGCCGCCGAGUCCGAAGCAUCAACCGAAACAGGAAAAGCCGCAAGAUUUAGGGAAAAAUGAGGACUCGAAGAACAAACAGGAAGGGGUUAAGCCAACGAUGGAGACGCAAGGACCUCCUCCGCCUCCUACUUCGCAAUACGCUUACAUACAUCCGGGUUACAUGCAACCGCAACAUUACGGCGCGUUGCCGUUCGACCCGGGUCAUCCGGUUUAUCGAGGACUCAGCCCGAUGUUGGUCCCGGGACCGUACUCCGGUAACCCGUACCUCCAUCAGUUACCGAGGUAUCACGCGCCGGAGGAUCUGAGCAGGCCACCCGGCGGCAAAGCACUCGACUUGCUUCAGCACCACGCGAAUCAGUAUUAUUCGGCGCACAAGAUACACGAACUUCAAGAGCGUGCGCUCAAAUCCCCGACCCCGAAAACGUCCGCGGCUUCGGCGAGUCCCUCGUCGGCGGGGCCGACGCCUUCGCGACCGCCGAGCGGGCCGCCUAGUUCGGUCGCGGGCCCGGGUCCACCGCAGCCUCAGAACCAACAACCGACAGCGAAGCAACAGAAUCAACCGGGGGGGCAGCAAUCGCAGCAACAACAAGCGCCCGUCGACGCUGGGACCGGCACCUUGGCGAAAGACAAUAGAUCACCCCCGCCCCAACGACACGUGCACACCCACCAUCACACGCACGUGGGCCUAGGUUACCCUCUUUUGACCGGACAAUACCCCGCCCCUUACGGAGCGGCAAUGCUGGCGAGUCAGCAGGCCGCCGCGGUAGCCGCAUCGGUGAUCUCGCCAUUCCCGCCCAAGUGACCCGCGGCCCCCGGUCCCGUACUAGCUGCCGGAACAACCGGACCCACCUCCGCACAAAAUCAUCAUACGCCUCAUCAUCCACCACCAGUCAGCGGUGCGACCGCCGCGGGACAUCCACACUCUGCCUCCGCUGGCAGGCAACCUUAGGAUCGCCUCGACAGAGAGUACAGAUAAAUUCGUCGCUGCUACCUCUUCUUCGAUAUCGCUCUCGCAUGCUCGCCGCUCUUCAUCAGCCUGUACACCACACCGGUUCGCCAGUCUGCCAAACAGCCUAUCGUCCUCGUAUACCGGCCUCUUACCGGAUCUUUUGUCGACACCGGCAUCGUCAUCCUCGCGAUUUCUCACCCAUUUUCGUCGUACCUCUCGGAUCACCGUCGAUCCUGUCGUUUCGUAUGUGCCUCGUGUUCCGAGAGAACAGCGUUGUUCCGACCCGAAACGAACCGAGUCGAAAAGACUGCUUGCCUACCGAGAUUGCUGUGUUCUUUCUUUUAAGAAUCAACUUUGCGACGAUGAUAGUAACAGUGAUGGUGACGGUGACGGUGAACAAAGAGAUAAAGCGAAUCGCGAAUGCGGCCCGAGAACGUUUACCGAUAUCAAAGUAAAAUGUAGCAUUCGAAUAGAGGUGGUAGAUGCGUAAGAAAACGUUGUGGUUCGUUGAAAUUCGGACCGAUGCUGCCUGUGGGAUAAGGAAGAAAUUUGUACAUCCGCCGAUUCGCAGACAAACGGAGAACGAUUCCGUGCAAGACGAAUUCCACAAACGGACGAGCUGCAUAGCGGAGAUCUCGUUACGUUAGACUGACUGAUCCUCACUGAAUGGUGGUUGAGGGAGAGGAGGAGAGACGAUCGUAGUAAAAUUCCUCGUACCGCGAACCUUGUAGUAGGAAAAUAUACGAAGCUUCGACGUAACCGCGAACCAAUUCGAUUUUUCUUCGAUGCGAGAGAGCGUGCCUCGAGCCGAUGACUUCGCGCGCUCGUCUAGUAUCGAAUCGAGGCAACAUUUUUAUUAUUGCACUUAGAAGAGAACGUAGAAGAGCGUGUGCGAAUGUUUAAAAAAAGGAAAAUUCACGCGCGCCUGUAAGCGUGCGUAUCGCGUAUUUCGCGCCACUCGAUACGUAUUUAUACGACGUAUGGGAAUACGUUCGAUCGAGAACGUUGUGUAUAACGGUAAAAUAAUAGAUCGUUGUAUUUUAUUGUAUAAAAAAAAAGAUUGCUAAUCCGCAGACACAUUUUUCUAGAAAAAAAAAAAAAAAUAAUUCUAUUAAUUCGCGAACGACACGAUUCUUAGACGAUUUGAUUACCGAUUAUUAUCGAUUAAGAAGUAUAUAAUGUCGGUGAACGAUAUCAAAAAGUAAAAAAGAAAAAAAAAUGGAAAAAAGAGAAACACGAUGAUACGUGUCGCGUAAGGUCGUGUACGAACGAAAAAAUGAAAUAAGGAUUCUAAAUAACGAUAACGCGGCGGUAAGUGAUGAUUGUACAUUGAAUACGCUAGAAUGCUAUUUGUUUACUAAAAUAACAGUAGUUAAUGUGGUGCGAAUUUUAGUAAAGUGCGAGCGAAAGUGUAAUUUUUGUGCGCUUGUAUGUAUGUGUGUGCUUGUACGCGUGCAUCGAGCGGGAUAUAAUGUGUGCAUGAAAAAGAGAGAAGCAAAUGAAACAGAUAAGACUAAUUAACGAAAAAAAAAAAAAAGAGGGAAAAGCUACUAGGA